CGCCCGGAGACCCCGGCCCCCGGCCGCGGGUGCCAGGGCGACCCCCCCGGGAGGGGGCCCUCCGUGCGGCCCCCGGCCUCCCCCCAUCCCCAUCCGCACCCCCACCCCCGGCGGGGCCAUGCCCGGGCUGCGGCGGGACCGCCUGCUCACGCUGCUGCUGCUGGGCGCGCUGCUGGCCGCCGACCUCUACUUCCACCUCGGGCCGCGCGUGCGGCGCCGCCUGCGGCCCCCGGAGCGCCCGCCCGGCUGCCCGUGCGCCCGCCGCGCCCCCGGCCCGGCCCCCUCGGGCGCCCCGCCGGCCGCGCGCCCCGCUGCCCCGGCCCGGCCGGGCGCCGGCGGCCGCGGCUCCAAGCUGCGGGCCCUCUUCGCGCACCCGCUGUACCAGGAGCCCGAGGCGCCGCCGCUCCUCCUGCCCGAGGACGCGCUGCUGGCCGGCCCCGAGGCGCUGCACUACUACCGCAGGAAGGUGGCCCGCUGGAACAGACGACAGAAGAUCUACAAAGAGCAGCUGAACCUCACUUCCGUGGACCCCCCACUGCAGCUCCGCCUGGAGGCCAGCUGGGUCCAGUUCCACCUGGGGAUCAAUCGCCAUGGCCUGUACCCCCGGUCCAGCCCUGUGGUCAGCAAACUUCUCCACGACAUGAGGCAUUUUCCCACCGUCGGCGCUGACUACAGUCAGGACGAGAAAGCCUUGCUGGGAGCCUGCGACUGCACCCAGAUCGUGAAACCCAGUGGGGUCCACCUCAAACUGGUCCUGAGGUUCUCGGACUUCGGGAAGGCCAUGUUCAAACCUAUGAGACAGCAGCGAGAUGAAGAGACGCCCGAGGACUUCUUCUAUUUCAUCGACUUCCAGAGACACAACGCUGAGAUUGCGGCUUUCCACCUGGACAGGAUUCUGGAUUUCCGACGGGUACCACCGACCGUGGGGAGGCUGGUCAAUGUCACCAAGGAAAUCCUAGAGGUCACCAAGAAUGAGAUCCUGCAGAGUGUCUUCUUCGUCUCUCCAGCAAGCAACGUGUGCUUCUUCGCCAAGUGUCCGUACAUGUGCAAGACGGAGUACGCCGUGUGCGGCAACCCGCACCUGCUGGAGGGCUCCCUGUCCGCGUUCCUGCCGUCCCUCAACCUGGCCCCCCGGCUGUCCGUGGCCAACCCCUGGAUGCGCUCCUACUCGCUGGCGGGGAGAGAGGAGUGGGAGGUGAACCCCCUUUACUGCGACGCGGUGAAGCAGGUGUACCCGCACAACAGCAGCAGCCGUCUCCUCGAUAUCAUCGACGUGGCCGUCUUCGACUUCCUGACAGGAAACAUGGACCGGCACCACUAUGAGCUGUUCACCAAGUUCGGGGAUGACGGGUUCCUGAUUCACCUGGACAACGCCAGGGGGUUUGGACGGCACUCGCACGACGAAAUCUCCAUCCUCGCGCCGCUCUCCCAGUGCUGUCGAAUAAAAAGGAAAACGCUCUUGCACCUGCAGCUGCUGGCCCAAGCCGACUAUAGACUCAGCGACGUGAUGCGGGAGUCGCUGCUGGAAGACCCGCUCACGCCCGUGCUGACGGAGCCACACCUCCUGGCCCUGGAUCGGAGACUCCAGACCGUCCUCAGGACCGUGCAGGGCUGCAUAGAGGCCCACGGAGAGCACAGCGUCGUCGCCAGUGGCCCUGAAGGACCGCCGGCCCCAGACCCCGGCCGGGGUGAUGAGACCAGCUAGGGCUGGACGAGUCCAACCUCAGAAACGACACCUGGAGCCCGCGGGGGGCUCCGGGGCAUGGACCACCACGUCCUCCAUGGGUGUGGCCGGGCCCACCCCAGCAGGGGUCCUGGGUCAGGAGACUGGGAAGCAGGCAGGGCACUGGGAGGACUCCAAAAGAGCAAAAAAGUGGGACCCACUGAACUUCCCUCCUUGGAGCACUGCCCUGGCUCCCCGGAAGCUCUGCUUCAUCAAAGCCACAGACCACGCGCUGAGCCCCCUGGGAAACCCAGAUCCGGGACCGGCCCACAAGCCUGGCUCCCAGGAGAAAGCAUUAACUGUAGCCAAUAACAGACAUGAGAUGGACACCCCCAUAUUUUCACUACGGCUACAGGGACAGGUCCCCAUCCAGACAGGACAUCUGGCAUCUCACAAGCACACACACAAACACCCCUAGACAUGGUAACCCUCCAACUGGUUCAAAGUAGACCACACACCUUCUAUUCAUAUUCCAAUCACCGCGGCCCAGUCUGAACAUAAUCCCUGCUGACUGGUCCUAAAGUAAUUUCUCAGAAGUGUUCCUUCAAGAGGUAAAAAUAACACAGGGAUUUGCUCAGAGUAUCAGAAAAGGGAUGUUUCAAUCUGAAGAGUAAACAUCAACUGAAGUAUCAUAAAGGUGGUCAAAACUAGCGUCCAGUAACAAUAGGAGGCAAAGCAAGGGCGGUCCUGAAGGUGGGACAGCGGAAGAAUGGGUCCAACAGGUACCCCAGCCUCGACUAACACAGGAGAACAGCCAGGGCCGGCCACAGCCCUCCAGCCACAGUCGUCCUCCCCAUAAGGCCCGCCCCCAGAGGAGCAGGGCUGCCUGAAGAAGUCUGACCCCCUGGGUGCCCCGCCCCGCCACCAUCACUCAGAAAGGACUGAGCCAAGUUUACUUUCCAAGCCUCCCUCAAAAGUGGGUUAUCUCAGGGGUUUCCCUUCUCUUCAGCCUUCUCCCUGCUGAGCUGCUCCUGUCUGAACAGGAGGCUUUGUUCCCUGUCCCACAGUCCAUGAAAACACACAGGACAGGCGCCUAUUCAUAUGAAUCCAUCAGCAAGUAAAGACAGCGGAUUUCAUCAGAUCAGCUUUUCUGGUAAAGGCCAGGGGCACAAAUACUGGUACGAGCUGGGUGGGAAGAAGCUGCCACUAAAGUGGGUAUCGGGUCAAGACGUCCCUAGACGUCAUCCUCCUGCCACGUGCCCAGGGACAGCCCAAUGGGACAAACUACAGAGGUGCUUCGGGCCCUGCCAGGCUCCCCCGUUACUGGUAUCCUGCCCUGAACCUAUGUCCCCAUGAUACUAAGAUCACUGCCACUCACAGAGCUCCGGCUACCUGUGCGAGGAUCAACACACAGGCUUCCCACCCUCCCCGACAGACAGGCAGAGCCCCUGACCUCCAGUGUACCUCCAAGAAAACUAAGGCUCGGGAAGGUUAACGAAAAUCACACUACGUAAUGAUUCAAAACAAUCCCAAAGCGUUCUUUCCACGUUAACACAAAAACUCAACAGUGUCUCACCCAAUGUAUGAAGUUGUAUUUGUUGGCUUUAAAACAGAAGUCAGUCUUUAAUACAGGAAACCCCUGUUACUGAGCCUUGUGUUACUGAGGGGUUUCCACCACGGCUCAGGGCCUCCCACGUCACAAACGGUUUCUUCUACUUCGAGCCAACGUUUCCUUUCGGAGGGGGACCCAGGUAAUUACACACGGAGGAACGAGAGAAACACAUUCAGGCAACGUAUGAAAGUGGCCUGAGAUUCCAAACCGCAGCCUCGGGAAGGGCAGCCCAGUGCCACCCCGACCCAGCUCUGCUGUGACGAUGGACUAGUUCUCAGACGGCGUGUAAUAAAAACACAGCCGUACUGCACAGACUGAGUGACAGAACUGAGUGCCUAGGUAUCUCAUGAUCAAUCCUGAACACUCCAUUAUUUUUUCACUAAUACCAAAUUUAAGAUUCUACCAUUUGUCAAAAAUACCAGAAAACAAAAGACCCCAGUCUUAGAACUGUCAAGCUCUUCCAAUGUAUUCAUUUUGGACCACUGUUCAACUUUCCACGACAUAAAAACUCUCCUGUCUCUAUGUAGAAACUUUUCAUGUUUUCCUGUCAGUGCUACUGACAGCAAACUAAAAAAAUGAAAGGGAGCAGACAGACCAUGAGCUGCUGGAGGCACUCAGCCUCCCCUGAAGUCGGGAGGACACUAUGGUUGGAAGACUGUAAAAAGCGUAACUGACUCUCUUUACUUGUGGGAGCUUCAUGGUUGAUAAGUCUCCACGGACACCACCACUUGCCCCUAGGGGAAAUACAGGGCUGUAGGUUCCUGCCAGCCUCCGGUUACAUUUUUGUCAGCCAGCCAACAGAUGACCUUGUUUUCUGUGUUAGGGUGUGUGGAAGACACUUUAAGUUAAUACUGUUGCUGCUUCAUGAACACUGAACUUGAGGCCAGCAGCACUGCAACUUGCGCCUGAGAGAAGCCAGUUAGCACACACCCUCUCUAAGACACAUCACAGCCUUCUGGCCCUCGGGAACCCUAGCCAGGCCUCCAGCACUCCGCUAGGGGCCAUUUCAAACCGCAAAAUCACCAACAGAAAGUACAAAAAUGCAAAAAAGUAGCACUAAAUAGACCAACACAAAGGGCAUCUGCUCUCAGCUGAAACGAGAAGGCAGCGCGUGCCCUGGUCUGCCCUCGGCCAGGCACCCGCGGGUUGGAGACGCAGGGUCCUGUCCACUCGGCGCCCGUCUGGGAGUGCCUGUGACGGUGCUGUGAGUCGUGACCUGGGAUCACAGACAGACUUCAGCAAGGAGGCAGAUCUGCAGAAUGCGCACACAGCAUCCGUGAACACGGAGGACCAGCCGUGAGUGACUCUGAAGCCCUCCAUCUAGUGGCGACUGGGAAACCACAGGCGACCCCAGCUGACUCGCAGAGCUUUCAGAGUGAAAAACUGCUCAUUCCCAGUUCCAGUUUUAAAACGGCACAGCUCUGAACUUCUGUUGGUCCACAAACUGUAACUUUUUAUGUGCACAGUAACACGGAUUUCUAGGUGGAAUCCCACAGGGUAAGAAGGGGGAGAUUUGACCACCCUCCCUUUUGUGUUCUCCUCCCCCCAGUCUUUACUGAUGGCUGCUUCGGGGCCACCUUAGACGGUGAUCUACACACUGCUUCUCGGUGUUGUUUCAGCCCGUCUGGAAAUGCACUGCCAGGGCCUAGCAAACACACAAAAAGGGCUCAGCUGCUAAUCUAUAGCUGGAGAGAAAGCGGCACUAAGAAAACUAACAUCGUACGACUUCAGUUUUACAAUGUCAAUGCUUAAGUCAUUGAAAAACAAAAAGGGAUUUCAUAGGAGCCAGUGUUUUAGCGGGAAAUUAAACGACAACCAGUACAGUCACCCCAGGAAAAUCUUCAAUCGUAUUCUGCUGCGACUAAGAAGAUCCCGCGUCCAGCGGGCUGAGGGAGGCCUGCCCAGUCUGGACAAAGUGCGUGGGUUCCGGAGCAGCACAGCUUCCUGUUCUGGGCAACAUGACACUCUCCAGCUGCAAUGGACAGAAAGAAACCAACUCCAGGAACUAACACUCAGUUUAAUCAUCCCACGCCUCAGAAAUCUGAGGCAUAAAUAUUAGAAAUGACUUCUGUGCUUGCAAAGUAUACAAGCACACCUAAAUAUAUGAAUGACUACCAAUUUAAACCAAAGAGUGAGCUGACCUAGAAAUGGUACUUCCCCAUUAAGUCUGGGAAAGUUCCAAGGCCAGAGAACCAGUCUACCCUCAAUAAAAAGGAAAUCUUUGACUUCUGA